ACACCUCGCACCCACGCAGCAUGCUCGCCUCGUCGUCACGCCUCAUUGCCGCCUCAGCACGCAGCCUCGCCGCGCCCGUCGCGCCGGGCAACCACAACCUCGGCCUCGUCGCCGCCGCGCUCAUCCCGCCGCUGCCGCUGUACCGCCGCCUGCUGCGCGGCCACCGCAAGUUCCUGCCCGCCGACAUGCGCUCGCUCGGCGACGCCUACGUCAAGGACGAGUUCCGCCGCCACCAGAAGGUCGACCAGCCGCUGCAGAUCGUCGGCUUCAUCAGCCAGUGGGUCGCAUACCUCAACGAGCUCGAGCAGGGCGCCGGCAAGUUUGAGGGCCGUCGCCUCGAACGCGAGCGCUUCGACAAGCUCUCGGACGAGCAGCUCUACCAGCUGCACGAGUUCAUGACUGCGGCCAAGGAGCUCUACGACCCCAACAAGGCUCAGUCUCAGCCGCCGGGCGGCGCGCGUGCCGUGCAGGAGGCCGUGGAUGGUGCACUGCGGCGAGUGCGCGAGGAAGAGGAGGAGGAGGAGGCGGCCCAGAAGAAGAAGCAAUAGAGUGGAUUAGGGCGCG